UAGUAUUUUCUUAAGCCCCCAGCUGCAACCACACUGUGACGCAGACUCUCCAAAAAAAUACCAAAACAAAAGGAAUCAAAACUAUCUAAUAAAAAAAAGAAGACUCCCGCUUUUAAAAUGCUUGAGAACUGCCAACGGCACCAUAUGCUUCUUGGGCUGGGUGCACUGACUUUGGUCACCAUCCUGGUCCUUUUUGUGGAAUCUCGAUAUGCGGCAGAGGGACCCCGACGCCGGGAGCCGCAGUUCGUCAUUGAGGACAACUCGACGUGCUGGCGAAACGAGAAAUACUCGGUGGUGGAGGAGUGCCAUCCGUGCUCGGAGUUUGACAUAGUCAGCCGGAGUCUAGGCGUCUGCAUCCACACGCACUACAAGGAGGUGCUCCGCUGCCAAAGCGGCGAGAUCGUCACAAGGAGCUGCGAUCGGGUAGCCCUUAUAGAACAGAUGAACUUCUUGAAAUUCGAGGUUCUGUGUUUUGUGGUCGGAUUACUCAGUUACCUGGUUAGCUAUGCCCGCGAUCGAAUCCUUUCGAGGCGCAACUACAUGAGGAUCGAGCGACAACUGAACCGUGUGCAAUAACCCCCCGCCAAGCCAAGUGAUACUCAUCAUUCGUACGGAAGGUACAUUAUUUAAUUUAGUUUAAGUACAUACACUCUGGAAAUACCAUGUUAAAAUUCAUUUGCUAGUACUAGGGGGUUUAAAUAUUGCAUGUUUGUGGAAUGCUCGUUUUCGGGGACAAACACAAUUCGGUGCUAAUAAUAUGCAUAACAUUUUGAUUCGGUAAUAACAA